AUGCUGUCUUCCCGCAUUUCUCGCGCGCUUCCUCGCGCUGCUUUCGCUCGCACCCCUGCCUCCAGACUCCCCGCCAUCCGCCGAUGGAACUCCACGGAAGCUGGUGAGGGCGAGAAGGUGAAGGGCCAGGUCAUCGGUAUUGAUCUGGGUACCACCAACUCCGCCGUUGCCAUCAUGGAGGGCAAGACUCCUAAGAUCAUUGAGAACGUUGAGGGUGCCCGCACAACCCCCUCCGUUGUCGGUUUCGCCCAGGACGGCGAGCGUCUUGUCGGUAUUGCCGCCAAGCGUCAGGCCGUUGUCAACCCCGAGAACACUCUUUUCGCUACCAAGCGUCUCAUUGGUCGCAAGUUCACCGAUGCUGAGGUCCAGCGUGACAUCAAGGAGGUCCCCUACAAGAUCGUCCAGCACACCAACGGUGACGCCUGGGUUGAGGCCCGUGGCCAGAAGUACUCUCCUUCCCAGAUUGGUGGUUUCGUCCUCAACAAGAUGAAGGAGACCGCCGAGGCCUACCUCAGCAAGCCCGUUAAGAACGCCGUCGUUACCGUCCCCGCUUACUUCAACGACUCUCAGCGUCAGGCCACCAAGGAUGCUGGCCAGAUUGCCGGUCUGAACGUUCUCCGUGUUGUCAACGAGCCCACUGCUGCCGCUCUUGCCUACGGUCUUGAGAAGGAGGCUGACCGCGUUGUCGCUGUCUACGAUCUUGGCGGUGGUACUUUCGAUAUCUCCGUUCUGGAGAUCCAGAAGGGCGUCUUCGAGGUCAAGUCCACCAACGGUGAUACCCACCUGGGUGGUGAGGAUUUCGAUAUUACCCUGGUCCGCAACAUUGUCGAGCAGUUCAAGAAGGACAACGGUGUUGAUCUGUCCAACGACCGUAUGGCCAUCCAGCGUAUCCGUGAGGCCGCCGAGAAGGCCAAGAUUGAGCUGUCUUCCUCCCUCCAGACCGAGAUUUCCCUGUGA